AUGCUGGCAGUCAAAAUGCUGAAAACUAUUGAGUUGCCUGUCAAGCGGGGUCUUCGCUUUGCAAGUUCUGCGUCGAGCAUUAGACCGCCGUACUACGAUGUAGUGGUUGCUGGAGGAGGUGUUAUGGGCUUCUCGACCGCCUAUCACCUCGCCAUUUCCGACCCAAAGCUUACGAUUGCUGUUGUGGAGAAGGAUCCUAGCUACAAGUAUGCGUCAGCAGUUCUUUCGGCUGGCGGAAUUCGUCACCAAUUUUCCGAGACGGAAAAUAUUGAAAUGAGUCUCUAUGGCACUGAAUUUUUGCGUCAUAUCGGCACAAAUUUGAAAGUGGAUGGUUACGACACUCCUGACGUGCAGUUUGUCGAAGGUGGUUACAUGUUUCUGGCCAGUGAGCAAGGCCUGGAUGUACUUCAUCAGAAUUACGCUACACAGAAGGCCACAGGUGCAGAUGUGCAGCUGUUAGACUCUGUAGCACUGAAGAAGCGAUUUCCAUGGAUUAACAGUGACGGUGUCGAACAAGCUAUUUUGGGUGUCAAAGACCAGGGUUGGUUCGAUCCCUGGGCUUUAUUGAACGCUAUGAAGCGUAAGAGUGUGGCACUGGGUGUAAAUGUGCUCGAAGGCGAGGUCAAACACUUUGACUUAAGGGGACAAAAUCAAAUCGAAAAGGUGCAUAUUGAGGUCAAAAAAUCAUCGGAUGGCAACGGCAUGCGCUAUAACUCGGUCCGCGCUGGUGUUGUCGUGAAUGCGGCAGGCUGCUGGUCAAGUAAAUUGCUUGAAGCUUGCGGCAGCUUUGAUUAUCCUGUAAGGCCGCGUAAGCGCUCCAUGUUCGCCUUUCACUGUGAUGCCGAAGAGAUCUGGAAGGGAGAUGCGGCGACACCUCUUGUUGUGGAUCUCAAUGGAGUUUAUUUUCGCCGGGAAGGUGCAGGUGGUCGAUUCGUCUGCGGGUGGUCUCCAAAUCCCGAGGAUGACUACGACGGGCAGACCACCGACGAGCUUGAUUUCCCGGAUCACAAUCACUUUGAGGAGAAAAUCUGGCCUACAAUAGCACACCGUGUUAAGAGCUUCGAGGCUAUUAAAGUGCUGAGUGCAUGGGCUGGAUUCUAUGAUUACAAUACUUUCGACCAGAAUGCAAUAAUCGGCUUGCAUCCGGAUGUUCCUAAUAUGUAUGUUGUCAACGGCUUUAGUGGUCAUGGCUUACAGCAAUCUCCGGCCGCCGGUCGUGCGAUUGCUGAGCUUGUCAUCCACGACAAAUUCCAGACGAUUGAUUGCUCACGUUUCAGCUUUGACCGCAUUCGUGCUAAUGUUCCGUUCUUGGAGCAGGGGAUUGUCUAG